CGAUCCGAUUCUCUGAUCUUGCCAUCUUUCUGCGAGCGUGCGCGUCUUGUCUUCAUAUUCUCAGUUCCCCCGACCGCUGCAUCACCAAACGCGCCAUGUCUGAAGUCCCUGAUGCCCUUGCUCCCCGUGAGGAGGAGACCGACGUGCACUUCGAGCCGGUCAUCAAGCUCACCGAGCAGGUCGACACGAAGACGAUGGAGGAGGAGGAGGACGUCGUGUUCAAAAUGCGCGCGAAGCUCUUCCGCUUUGAUACCUCUGGAUCGGAGUGGAAGGAGCGGGGCACGGGCGACGUCAAGCUGCUCAAGCACAAGGAGACGAGCAAGAUCCGCCUCGUGAUGCGUCGAGACAAGACGCUCAAGGUGUGCGCGAACCACAUGGUCUCGAAGGACAUGAAGCUCCAGCCCAACAUCGGCUCGGAUCGCUCGUGGGUAUGGAAGGUCGCUGCCGACUACUCUGAGAGUCCCCCGACCGCGGAAACCCUCGCCAUCCGCUUCGGUAAUGCUGACAACGCCAACGCCUUCAAGACUGCUUUCGAGAACGCGCAGAAGGCGAACGCGGGCGAGGCGAUCGACACCCCGGCCGCGGAGGAGCCGAAGGCAGAGGAGGCGCCCGCCGCCGCCGCCGAGCCCGCUGCUGAGGAGAAGAAGGAAGAGGCCGCUGAGGAGAAGAAGGAGGAGGCAGCCGAGGAGAAGAAGGAAGAGGAGGUGAAGAAAGAGGAAGCCGCGUAGAUAUGUGUUGUUGUAUUCCUAGCCUGUUUCCCUUUCCUCACUUACACCAGUGGCCCCGUGGAUACAUUGCACAAGCCUUGCCUUUUCUUGUAAUACUCAUCCUCCCUUGUGAUGUCCACAUCUGCACACCA